ACGAGAGGCUGUGUAACACACAGCACGGGGUAGAGUCAUUCUGACAGCUGUCAUCUGUACAGGCUCCACUGAGCACCUCCAGUUUCCUCUGUGAGGCGGCCGCUUCUUUUGAACACUUUGGGCAGAAAACUGUUUGCGGACAACUGCGCGUUUUCCGAGGGACGGAUGAUUGGUAGCUCUACGUCCGGCGUUUCCAUGCAACAGCGCGGGCGGCCGUGAGGCGCAGAUACAGCAGCGGAGAGCGGUGGCUGGAUAGAUUGUAGGGAUCUCUCUGGGAACCCCGAGCGCCUUCAUAAAUCCAAUGGAGCGUCAGGAGAAGCAGACCGAUAGCUUGGACCACAGUGAUAGCGCAUUGGAGCUCGAUUCUACUCCUUUGUCAUCUUGUGAACACUCAAGCAGCCUGCAGCAGGAGGAUCCUGCAGCUAUGAGGAGGAGCACCGAUUAUGAGGCAGUCACUACUGUGGAGAAGAACCUGGAUGUGGAUUUUGUCAACAAAGCCAGGAGCAAUGAGUCCAGACAAAGUAAAGAUCUCUGCACAGAUGAAGUACAGCUAGGCUCGUACUUCUCUGAUGGGCAGCGCCGUGUGGACUAUGUUCUGACCUACCAGAUCCAAAAGUCUGGCAGCGCACAAACGCGCUCAUCGAAGUCUGGUGCCAACUGCAUACAACGACUUUGCCCGAGAAUGAGAAGCAGCAGAGCUCCGCUGCAGCCAAGAGAAGACCCAGAGGUUGCUGCACAGGAGCAUCAGACUGACUGUCAUGAGGAUGAUGAGCGCUUUAAGCGGGACGAGUUUGAGGAAAACCUCCGGAAGACCGGACUAGAGCUGGAAAAGGAUGAGAAGAGUACUAUUCCUGGAAUUGGCUUCUUGAAGAUCCACGCUCCCUGGAACGUUUUGUGUCGAGAGGCUGAGUUCAUGAAACUCAAAAUGCCAACAAAGAAGGUUUACGAAGUGAAACAAGGCAGCAAUGUAGUGGAGAAGAUCAGGAUGUUCAUUCACAAAGUUACAGCUCCUCUCCACCCAAAAGUAGGUGCCAGCCGAUCACAGUGUGAGAAAUCCCUCUGUCAUCCUUUCUCCAGAGAAAAACAACACCUAUUUGACCUGUCUGACCGGGACAAGUUCUUUGACAGCAAGACUCGGAGCUCCAUAGUUUAUGAGGUACUGAAGAGGACAAAAUGCACCAAACCCAAAUACCCCAUCGGGCUCACCAGUCUGUUAGCCAGUGGUGUCUACACAUCUGCUUAUCCUCUCCAUGAUGGAGACAUUAAAGGUGUGAAUACAGAACCUAAUGACAGGAAGCUGCUGUAUGAGCAGUGGGCCAACUACAGUGUCUUCUACAAAUACCAGCCCCUUGGGCUUAUAAGGAAGUAUUUUGGGGAAAAAAUUGGACUUUAUUUUGCCUGGUUGGGAGUCUAUACCCAGAUGCUCAUCCCGGCUGCCAUCAUUGGAGUGAUUGUAUUUCUCUAUGGCUGUGCUACUGUGGAUGACGACAUACCUAGCAUGGAAAUUUGUGAUCCAAGGAACAACAUUACCAUGUGUCCACUUUGCGACAAAGCCUGCAGCUACUGGAAGCUGGUGACAGCGUGUGGUACAGCCCGAGCCAGUCACCUGUUUGACAACACAGCCACUGUGUUUUUCUCCAUCUUCAUGGCUCUAUGGGCUGUUCUCUUUAUGGAACACUGGAAGAGGCGACAGAUGAGACUCAACUAUGUUUGGGACCUCACAAGUUUCGGAGAAGACGAGCAGGAGGAGCAUAAGGACCACAACCGAGCUGAGUACGAGUUCCGGGUCACGCAAAAGAAAGCGAAACAGGAACAGUCGGGCAUGAUGGAUGACAAGGUGAAGCUGACCUGUACAAAUAGACUGCCUGCUUACAUAACUGUUGUGGCCAUGAUGGCUUUCAUGAUAACCGUGACAUUUGUCAUAGUCUUUGGAGUCAUCCUGUAUCGGAUUAGCAUUAGGGCAGCGCUGCACAUGAGCAGCCACCCUGUAGUGCGGUAUAAUAUCCGAGCCACGGUCAAAACCACUGCUGCCAUCAUCAACCUCAUCAUCAUCAUCAUCUUAGAUGAAAUCUACGGUGCCAUUGCUCGCUGGCUCACUAGACUGGAGGUUCCAAAGACAGACAAGAGCUUUGAAGAGCGCCUCAUCAUCAAAACUUUUAUUCUGAAGUUCGUCAAUGCCUUCACACCCAUUGUCUAUUUGGCCUUUUUCAGGGGCAGGCUUGUUGGGAGGCCUGGAAACUACUUGUAUGUUGUUGGAUCUUACAGAAUGGAAGAGUGUGCCCAUGCAGGCUGCCUCAUGGAGCUCUGCAUCCAGUUGUGCAUCACCAUGCUAGGCAAACAGCUCAUCCAGAACAACCUGUUUGAGAUCGGCUUACCGAAGCUGAAGAAAAUGCUCCGCAAGAGGAAGUCGGAGUUGGAUUCUGGUCAAGAGCAAGUGCUGCAUAAAAAACUCUAUGAGAAGGACCACCUCCUGGGUCCAUUUGUUGGCCUCAAUCCAGAGUACAUGGAAAUGAUCAUCCAGUUUGGGAUGGUGACUCUGUUUGUGGCUUCCUUCCCUCUGGCUCCACUCUUUGCUCUUCUGAAUAACAUCAUUGAAAUUCGCCUGGAUGCCAAGAAGUUUGUUACGGAGGUUCGCAGGCCUAUUGCAGUUAAAGCCAAAGACAUCGGAAUCUGGUACAACCUCUUGAGGGGCCUCAGCAAGGUAGCAGUCAUUGUCAACGCCUUUGUCAUUGCCUUCACCUCUGACUUCAUCCCUCGGCUGGUCUACCAAUACACAUACAGUCCUGAUGGCAGCCUGCACGGCUUUGUUAAUCACAGUUUGUCAUACUUUAAUGUCAGUGACUUCAGUCCAGGCACAGAUCCUCUGCAGCCUAUGUACCUGGGCUACAAGGUGGAAAUAUGCAGAUAUAAGGACUACAGAGAUCCUCCCUGGUCCAGUACGAAAUAUGAACUUUCCAAGGAAUUCUGGGCCAUUCUAGCAGCUCGCCUUGGCUUCGUAAUUGUUUUUCAGAAUGUGGUGAUGCUUAUGAGUGACUUUGUGGACUGGCUAAUCCCAGAUAUUCCCAAGGACAUCAGCCUUCAGAUUCACAAGGAGAAGAUCCUCAUGGUGGAGCUCUUUAUGAAGGAAGAGCAGGGGAAAAGCUUUGCAGCAAGAAACCGCCAAUCAUCUGCCAAUCAGAUCCCACCACAGCCACGCUCGCGCCCUGUUUCACAGGCGAAGUGCUCUUAAACUCCAAGCUGAGCACAAAUGGCAAUGAGCAAAUACAAACACUGAUUCCAUUACUGAGCUGUCUGGCAACAGUACAAACUGGCUGUGUUAAGCUGGCCAUGAGCACAGUCAGGUUUUAAAUUUCAGCAAAGGUUUUGCUGUAUUUGCAUGUGACAUUUUACAUUUUCAGCCAUUAACCAAACAUCCACAAGGUGUUUGGCUUAUAGAUUUAGGAUUUUAAAAUCUUAUUUAUUGGAUGUAUUUGAAAGGAACAAGCCAUUAGUUAUACUGAGGUUCUGAGUUAUACUCUUCAGGCUAACAUGAAAUCUGUCACCUGCAUGGUACUUGAAUUAAAUUUUUAUAAUGAAGACAGCCUUUGUUAGUCCAUCCAAAUGGUCCUGUUAAGAAGAGCUUCUUCCUGGUGUUUUAAUGUUGAGGUUCACAACAAGACAAAAGGAGAACUUCUGUUCAGACCCUGUCAUUAAUGUGUAAAGCUUUGUACAGGCCUUUUAACACAGUCAAAUUCAAGAUUUUAUUGAUGUACUUUGUUUUUUUAACUCUGCCACCCGGUCAGGCCCAUUGUUUUGGUUGUUGAAAUAAACAGCAGGAGCAGACAGACUUACUCAUUUGUCUUCGAUCGUGGUCAAAAUGAACCAGGUUAGUAACAUUAUUAUUACUGCAAUCAAAACUGCAUUUGCUAAGAUUUAGUGUACAUGCAUGUGAUAUCAUUACAUCCCCUCACUGACUGUUUUCCUUGUCAAUAUUUUAGGAAACAGUUACUGAAACACACAUUAGUGCUUAUUGGCAUUUGAGUUCAUUAUUUACUGCUUGAGCCAAAAGAAUAGUUAUGAUAUAUCUUUCUUUGGCUGUUUGCUCUCUAAUUAAUGAGCUGUUUGCAGUCAUUUACUUGAAGUGCACUGAAAUGCUGUGUAGAGCUGAGGCAAACAGCAAAGUUCAUCACUCUGACCCAAACCUUUAACAUUGCAUACAGGCAUUUUUUUUGUAAAAUAUAUGUUUUUGAAAUAAAUGGUUAAAAUUCAAGAUGGCUCUAAAUUAGUGUUCAGCUGAGCUUUAGCUAAAUGCAUAAAUUGUGCAAUAGUUUGCUAAAGUUCAUCAUAACCAAACUAAGUAAUGAUAUCAGUGUUGUUUUUUAAUUAGUGUCUGCUACCCUGCAAAUAGUCUGUUGUUGCACGUUUAUUUGAGUAGCAACUUCAACUUAGCCUAUUUUACCUGUUCCUGUAGAUACCAGAUGAUUUGUUGGCUUCUCGAGCCCAGAAGUGAUUUAAACCCUAACAGUAAUUCACAGCAACUCGGGUGCCAUUUAAUUUAUUUGAGAGUUUUGCCAAAAGAAAAAAAAAUUCCGAACACAGCAGCUUAUACUUAGUUAUACAAGCUACUGUAUUUGCAUAGCGCAUUAUCAGAUAUAAGUAAGAGGUAAAUGUCCUUGUGUGUUUUCUUAAUUACUGGUGUGCAGGUUGUGUACUGAAAAGGGAAGUGAAAUUAGUUGCAAUGGGACGUGUAUACGGUGUGUUAUGUUCAUAUAAGGUCACUGACAUUCUCAUUUAAUGGACUUUUUAUUUUGUUUAGUUUGUGCUGAAAAGCAGAAGCAGUGUAUCACUUAAAGUCACCACAGGAACACUUUUGGAACCAGUUCAAAGCAUUUGCUAAAUGUGUCUGCCUUAAAUCACACAGCUCCUCAAGAGAUUCACAGCAUGAAAUGAUCAACUUUCUGUAAUCAGCUCACUGAGCAUUUUCAUUUAACAGUUUUCAUAUAUUUGUAUUUAAAAUGAUUACCUUGCCUUAUAUUUACCUAACAAACCAUUUGGAAUUUUCUUAAAGCUGUAACUUGAGCUUUUUAAGCACAAAAACAUUUAUAUUUAGAAAACUACAAAGAUACAUGUGGGAGUGACUUUUUAAAUAUCCGGUGAUGUCUAAUGACUGUAAGGUCACAUUGUUUACCGUCUUUAUUUACAUGACGGUGCAUUUCUAAGCGUAUCAAACAUGCUGAAUUAGUUUUGAGUCCACAGGUGAGCAGUGAUCUAACUUUUGUGACUUUCACAAAAAACUCAUUAUUGUGGUCUUAAUUUUAAUUCCCUAUCAUGUAAAAUAGAAACCAUUAAAAUGAACCUUGGAAAUAUGUGUGGGAAAACAUCUUUCAACCCAGCUUAUAAAUAUUUUAUCAUUAGAUGUGUGACUCUUUCUGAGCUUCGACAAAAAACUGCACAUUUUGUUUUACCAAAUAAAUUUCCUGUUGGUGAUCUGUGUCUUAGUUUGUUAGUAAUAGGUUACAUGGGGCUGUGGAGCCAUUAAUUCAAUUUCUUUCCCUCAAAAACCUUAUAACCUGAUAUCAUACCCUCCUUGGAUUGCACUCAUGGGAUCGCCUUCUACCUUUGAAAAUGUUGUUUUCAAUGAAACACAACAAAUUGUGACAUUCUGGUAUGUAAUCUAUUGUGUGUCCGUGCACUUUCCACAACAUGCAUGAGUGCAUCUGCAUGUCUAACUGAUUCGUCUGUCUCUGAUAACUUGUCUAUUUGUUGUUUAGACA